GCAUGAUGCGUGUCCGUGGCAGUCUUAGUUUCUGCAGCUAUAUUCUCUACAUGGUAUUGAUAGGCAAUCAGGGACAGCCAACACUGGAGCCACCAACUGGUCAUUUCUGUCCCAGUGUCAACAUCACUUACACUUGUCAUGACAGUCAAGAUUCACCAGUAAUGAAACCAUAAAGAAAGAAGACAGUUUCUACUCACAAGCUACCAGUUUCAGUGUUGAUAUGGGGACAACGGAGUUUGUCAGUGUGACAACUAUUCUGAUUGUGAUCACUAGUGGCAUAGAGAAUGGAACAAACAUCACAUGUCUGACCUACAGAGGUGGAGACCAAAUGGUGUCCUCUUCCGUGCUCUACUUUGCAGAUCUCCCUCGCUUGAAAAAAACUUCAGUGAUAUUAUGCCCAGAGAAGAACAUAGCAGUACUAGAGCUAGGAGAUAUGUUUGAUGGAGGAGGAGUUCCAAUUGAUCACUACAUUAUUAAAGUUGACAACGGCACACAAUUGGAAACUCCAGGCCCCACUUACAGUUUUGACAUCAUGUACAAUACUACACUGUCAGUGAACAUCUCAGCCCACAACUGUGCAGGAUACAGUGACUUCUUUCCACUUGAGAUACAAUAUGAUGAAGGUGGAGUUUAUUGGUGAAAUAUGAUUAUUAUCUAGCACUAUAAUAAUUAUACAGAUUCUGAGCAUAGUACACCCAGUAUGACCCUGAGGCCUGUCACUGGUGGUUCCUCAGUUUGUGAUUGUGGUACCUGUAUCAGCUGCUGGGGCACUUCUUGUCAUCACAAUAUCUGUUGUAAUCAUUGUUUUGCUUAAAAGGCACAGUAGUACUAAUAAAAACAGACAGCAGGAGAAGUGUGAUGUGGUGGAGAACUCUGCUUAUGGUGUCCAUGUUCAAGGCUCAGCUGGUGAUAGACUGGAGCCAGACUACAACAUGGAGAACAACCCACUGUAUGAGAUGAGGAUACUGUCAAAUGAGGGACACUCACACAAGACACAAACACCAGCUCCAGUCCCUGUGUAUGAGACUGUUGA